GCAGCGAGGUGUGAAAGACCGAGCAGGUUGUGGGGGUUGCAGGCCGCUGUAUGUGUGGUCCACAUGUGGCGUGGGAAGCUCGUGUCACGUUAGGGCUUGUAGAUCCGGCUGCACUUCACACGUCCAUGCCUUCCCGCUGUAACGCGCUUCGUUCAGCCUCUGGAAAACAUCAGCAUGUGCAGUAAACACGACCCGGUCAGCAUUAGAGAUGGCAGAAGAACAAGAAGUCUCUCCCCUGGAGAAGAAGGUGGCAGAACAGAUAGAGUACUAUUUUGGAGACCAUAAUCUCCCUCGAGACAGGUUCCUGAAGGAGCAGAUGCAGCUGGAUGAUGGCUGGAUCGCCCUGGAGACGAUGCUCAAGUUUAACAGGCUGAAAAGUUUGACUUCAGAUGCUGCGGUUAUAGUCAGGUCGCUACAGAAAUCCAAAACAGGGCUGCUGGAGAUCAGCGAGGACCAAACCAAGAUCAGACGAUGCCCAAGCAAACCUCUCCCUGAGCACAAUGAGGAGUACAGGGACGCCCUCAAACACAAGUCUAUAUACAUGAAAGGCUUUCCUUUGGACACGACCCUGGAUGAGAUUAAAGACUGGCUUGCUGAUAAAGGAAAUGUGGAGAACAUUCAAAUGAGGAAGGGUCUACAGAAGACUUUCAAAGGCUCCAUCUUUGCAGUACUGGAGUCAGAAGAUGCUGCCAAGGCCUUUGUCGCUAGAGACGAUGUUAAGCAGUUCAAAGGAAAUGACAUGAUCGUUCUGAUGAAGGACGACUACUUUGCUAAGAAGGCAGACAGUAGAAAGCAGAGCCGUGCAGACGCGAAGGCUAAAGCCAGGAGUGAGAAAGAAGAAAAGCAAAAACAGGCUGAAGAGGAAGAGAUGAAAUCUCUGGAUGAGCAGAGAGGUUGUUUGCUGAAGUUUUCUGGUGACCUGGGUCAGACUUCUCGCGAGGACUUCCAUGAAAUCUUCUCUGAGCAUGCCCAAAUCAAGUGGAUUGAUUUCACAAGAGGAGCCAAAGAGGGCACCAUCUUGUUCCGCUCAAAUGCUAAAGAGGCCCUACAGAAGGCCCAGGAGGCUGCAGGAGGUGCAGAGCUGAAAGUUAAAGACAAAGCGGUUCAGUGGGAGGUGCUGGAAGGAGAUGUGGAGAUGGAGACACUGAAGAAGAUUAUAGAGAGCCAACAGGAGUCAUUGAAUAAACGUAAAGGAGGAAAAGGAGGCCACCGGGGUCGUGGCCGAGGCCGGGGCGGCCGUAGGGAUAGAGGUGGGAGAGAGCAGGUGCAGUUCCGGGGCAAAAGAACCAAAUUUGACAGUGAUGAUGAAGACGGAGGUCGUGAUGGAGAUGCAGAUAUCACUGGUCCAAAGAAGAGAGCUCUUGAGUCCAACGGGAAAGACGCUGAAGCACCAGCACCUAAACAGGCAAAGGAAGAGAGUGGUUCAUAAACAGGGAGUUGCAGCUCUACUGCAUUUGUACUGUAGAUGUUCUCCUGUAAACAAGCAAAAAGCCCAGACUAUUUCACUGUCCACCGCUAGCCACUAACUUGAAGCCUUCAAUCUAAUCCUGAAGGAGCCUCAUGGAGAACUCGUACUGAACUGGAUCUGGGGACUGAACGUAAUCCUGUUGUAAAAGGCUCAAUAGUCACUGAAUCUUACAUUUUUAUUUAAUUUUUUUAUAACCCUCUCUAUUAUGCGAUGUUUAUUUCUUUGUCUAAGCUCUUCCCAUAACUUACACACUUGAUGCCUCAGGAGGGUUUUGCCAUCUUAGUUAUGUUCACAAAUGGAUGAGGGAUUUUCUGGCAUCUUUUAAGUCUAGCUUUGAUUUUCUGAAUGGAAGGCUUGGUCCAGCCUGAUGAUCAUAUUGCCUUGUGAUAAGGUAAUGACCUUAUACAGUACCUGAACAAAAUACGCAAUUUUUGAGUCAAUGAUUAGUUUAGAAUUUCAAUCUGGUAAAUGUUACUUGCCAACAAGUCCUAAUUCAUGCCUUUGUGUUUGAAAUGCAGCAAAAAAACAGUCUUUCAAGUUGUCUGUUUUACUCUUACAGCCAUGUUCUCGGUGUAUAUCUUGGCAUCUGUUGUGUUGAAAUUCCUAGGAAUUGAUUACAGCAGUGCUAAAGCCCAUGUUACUUGCACCUGUCAGGGGAGCACAAAUCUGGUCCUGGAGGGCUCGUGUCCAGCGCAGUUUGGUGAUCUACCUGCUCCAACAAAUGGGGUUGUGCACCGCUGAUCUAAGUAGUAUGAAUUAGUUUUUAUUGACUAGAACAAGCCAGUAAAUGGUGGUCUUUUUUUUUUUUUUUUUAUUAUUAUUCAAUGUGCUCAUACUCAAUAAUCAUGUGACUGAAGCUACUCCCUAAAAAGUGUUAUUUUAAUUCAUCUUGGUUUGUACAAGCCCCUCUGAGGAUUUCCAUCAUAAGGCACUCAGAUUUUCUUUAUUAUGUUGUUUUUCAUGGGUGAUAUAUUUAGAUUGUUUCAUACAUUCAGUUUCAAUAAAAUGCAGAAAAUGAAUUGGU